AUGGAAUCGCACAAAGUAACAUUGUACUCUCCGCUGACGCCAUUUUUCGCCGAUCAGAGUCACCCGACAUCCAAGAAGGGGGAGAAGGUCAUGUUCGGCCAAAAUGGAUGGCUUGAGCGAACCGGGGAAACUCCAGAGAAGAAAAGAGAUGUACAAAAGAGGAGUAUUUUCGAGAUUGUGAAGAAAAUCGCGAAGGAAAUGCUCAACAAUGGUCGCCUUGACGUCGCCAAGCUGAAAAAAAUUUCCGAUGCUUGGACCCAGAAAGGGCGACCUAAGGUGGUAGGCUUUCGCUUUGAUUUGGAAACUCAAAUCGAGCUCAUCCGUCUCCAUAUUCACGAGUUCCGGUUUUACGGACAACGCCAAAACAGCCAAGCCGAAAUCAGCGGACUCCUUCAUACGAUGAAGGUCAACGCUAGGGCUAUGGGUGUCCGCACUUACUGCCAGCCAGAUGUGGUGAUUGCCAAACAGCUCGUUGAGGCUCAAUCUUUCUUUGACCUUCUCGGCGUUCCCGAAGUCCAGCAUAUCGCUCUACAGCACGUGGCGCAAUUUUUCAAAGUCAUCGUCGAGAGGGAGCAGCACAAGGCCAACCGUCCGGGAAAUGACGAGAGCCUAGCUGUUCCCGAUAUAGUCAACGCCCAGUGGGAGGGUCCUUCGAAGGAAAUCUCGAAAAGUCGCCGGUAA